AUGCGUUAUCAUAUUUUGACUAGUCCUAUUCUCUUCCUCCUAUUGCUCUCCUCGAGUAUAGCGAACCCACUAUCCAAUGAUGUGCCGCAUGGGCUACAGCCUCUCGAAAAGAGGGCAGUACCGCCCCUGCCAACUGAUGUCACUUUCGUUAAUACGGUACUGGCAAGAGUCAACGCCUAUCGAGCCUUGCAUUCUGCACCCGCCUUAACCUGGGACACAACCCUCGCACAAAGCGCAAAGACAGCCGCUGCAAGAUGUAGUUCCAGCCAUACGCCUAGUAACCCGUAUGGCGAGAACAUCUACAGCUUCUAUCUUACCCCGAAGACCACAGUUCCCGACUUUAGCCUCUGGCUCAAAAAGGGAAUUGACUGGUGGUAUGGGGAAGUCAGGGACUACUUUUCCUGGGCCGACCACUCUUCCCAGUAUCACUUUACACAGUUGGUAUGGAAGAGCACCACCAAGAUUGGCUGCUCUUGGUCUCCGAAUCAAUGCCCGACGACCAACGGCGAUUAUUACCUCUUCUGCAAAUUCCAGCCAAAAGGUAACAUCGCAGGACAAUUUGGCAGCAACGUCCUCGAUGCAUGA